UGUCUGAUACUAUAAAUGUUCCAGAAGGUGAUUCCCUGAACAUCAGCAGAGGUGUUGUAGAGUUAUCUCAAGCCGCGAUUAACCAUGGAAACAAACUUAUGCCCGAUUGCUCAAAACAAAACGACACUAACGUGUGCAGUUUCAAGUCUGAUGACACUGCCACAAGGAUAUCAGUAUAUGCUCUUGAUGUGAGACUGAAUCAGGGAAAUGGAAGAAUAUGCUUGUCUGUCCGACCUGGGAAUGAAAUCACAACGAAGAAAUGUUCAACAGUGUUCAAACCGUUUGAGAGACUCAACGUAACAACUGAACUCCCUCUACAUAUCCACUUCAAAGAUAUCCGAAAGCACUCAUCAAUUUGGCUUUUGAUCAAAGGUACAAACACAAGAACAACAUACAGCCAUGAUUCCACUACAAAUGACAGCAUAUCAUCAGGACAGGCAGAAAGUAACGCUCGUGCAAUAGCUGGAGGAGUUGUGGCCACAGUCGCAGUUGUACUGGUUGUCACAUUGGUGUCAGUGUGGAUCAUACGGCACAGACGAGCGAAAAGCGAAGGGAAGGAGAAGACUGCAUCACUUCCGAAGGAUGCAAAGUCUGGCAUGACCUACAGUUUAGCCGGUAAGAUCUCACAGGAAAACUACCAUGAAAUCCAGGACCUGAAGACACACAACAGUGACUAUGACUACGCUACCGCGGACGACAUGGGUCUUCCUCCAACUACAAACACUUACUUCACAAUCGAACCUGCUGGGAAGCUAACUGCAAACGACAAUUCAACACCCUCUGCAGCUGAAGGCGAGUAUGAUCACAUUGGAGACAAGCCCGCCCAACAGACCAGUGACUACGAUACAACAGCCUCGGUGGCUCAACCAGGAACUAUUAGAGAAGAUAGUUAUGGUUACAAUCACUUCCACAAAAGAAAGCCAACACUCAGACACAACAGAAUGACUACGACACUGCUGCCUCUGCAAACCAGGCAGUUGCCCAACUCAGUUCGGCCGAAAAGAACACAGAUGAAGACGACUAUGACCAUUGUCAUAGGGGAACCAAUACUUCUGAGACUGUUAGCUCGCCGUAUGAUACUAUAUCUGGAGUAGAGGAUAACCCUGAUUAUUCUGUUGCAGGGCAAAUGAAAUAAGCAUAUCCCGAAAUUGGAAUGUGUAUGCGUGUUCUUGUCGUACUGUACAUGUACAUGUAUCUGAACGACUGCACACUCCGUACUUGAUACCUGUCGUCAGUUGAGGUGCCAAAGAAUGUUUCCAGUCAAAUGCUUUUUUCGUAUCAGUGUUCAACAGUAUCAUAAGGAAGGCGAGAAACAGAUGGCCUAUUCAUCUAAGGUGCGGUAGAUUGCACUGAAAUUUAUCACAAUUUCAGACUGGUUUAUUUAUGAUUUUUGGUUUGCCAGCACGAUCGAGUAAUAUGAACAUAUGCUGAGAUAUUGGUCACUCACAGACGGAAUGAUUAAUCCUUCCUUGAAAUGAUUUUAUCAUGUUGGCAUUUCCACUAUUAUCAGUUAUGCCUCUUUGAUAAUAAUUAAUGAAUUUACAUGGAGUAAAUACAUUAUACACUGCAAAUACCAAUUCAGCACUAUUACUGUUUACACAACUAUGUUUACAGCUUAAAAUGAAUAUUUGACAGAAUUAUGCAACUUUCAUUCAUCGGUUUGUUUCGGGUUUUCAAACUUAGUUUGUAUUUAUAUUUAAAGAUAGUACAUAAAAACACAGAUUAUGUAAUACUCGUUGUGGCAACUGUUUCCCAGGUUCCAUUUUAGUGAUCGUUGGUAGUAUAUUUUGAAUGUUGAGUUCUGUGGUUUCAGUACGUUUUCAAUUCUUCACCACCAGCUCCUGUAUUUAGCUUACAUCAUUCACGUACAUCGUCUCCUUUAGAGGACUUUAUAUGAGGAAUACUGAAAUAGGUUUUCUUUAUUGAUUUGAAAGGUAAGAUGCUCAUGAUAAGAGUGGAUCGUGUUUAAGCGUACACAGGCCACAACAAUUAGAACAUUUUCAUAAAUAUUCAUACUUUUGAUUUUAUUCAUGUUUGAAUGUUAGGAAAAUUGAUGUGUACGUCGAUAAAAACAACCAACAAAAACAAUUAAAACAUGCUGCAAGGCGGAUAA